AUGGCGCAAUCCGUUCCUCCCGGCGACAUCCAGACCCAGCCCAACACCAAGAUCGUCUUCAAUGCCCCGUACGACGACAAGCACACCUACCACAUCAAGGUAAACCAGUCUAAGGCUUGAGGAUCCUUCUUUGAGCUUGGGACUUCUUGGAUCUAGCUUCAGAGCUGGGUCUAGAAGUGCCUUUAAACGUUUUUGAGCUGAUCCUAUGACCAAGUCUCCCUUAGGUAAACCAGUCUAGGGCUUGAGGAUCCUUUUUUGAGCUUGGGACUUCUUGGAUCUAGCUUCAGAGCUGGGUCUAGAAGUGCCUUGAACGUUUUUGAGCUGAUCCUAUGACUAAGUCUCCCUUACUACUCACCUAAAUUACCUAAAGCGGGAAAAUGCCGUACCUCAAGCUUCAGUCUGAACCUAACGGCUAGAAUCCAAUCUUUCAAGAUUCCUUGAAGCUAUCACCCUACCUAAACUUUCUAUCAUCUCAGGUGAUCAACUCGUCGGCCCGGCGCAUUGGCUACGGAAUCAAGACGACGAACAUGAAGCGUCUUGGCGUCGACCCGCCGUGCGGAGUCCUCGACCCCAAGGAGGCCGUCCUGCUCGCCGUCUCUUGCGACGCGUUCGCCUACGGACAGGAGGUAUCUACAGUACUCUGCUGAGAGACAGUAACCAAUCGCUUCAGGACACGAACAACGACCGCAUCACGAUCGAGUGGACCAACACGCCCGACGGUGCCGCCAAGCAGUUCCGCCGUGAAUGGUUCCAAGGCGACGGCAUGGUCCGCAGGAAGAACCUGCCCAUCGAGUACAACCCUUGA